AUGGUGUACAAGGCUUGCAUAUUGCUACACGAACUCCUCGAGGAUUCCGAACUCAAGUCACACCGGCUUGUGCUAUAUUCGUCGAAUGAUCCAAGACGGAAGGCUAAUUCAGCCCUUCUGAUGGCACUAUUCGUCAUGAUUGUACAGCGACGCGCCCCCUGGGAAGCAUUCCAACCCAUUGCUGAACUUGAAUUCAUGCCGUUUAGAGACGCUGGUCGUGGCCCCUCGGACUUCAAUCUCAAUAUCCAAGAUUGCUUAUGGGGCCUCUGGAAAGCCAUGCAGAAUGGUCUAUGCGAUAUGAACGAAUUCAACGUCGACGAUUACGAAUAUUACGAAAAGGUGGAAAACGGAGAUUGGAACUGGAUAACGCCCAACUUUAUUGCUUUCGCUUCUCCGGUGGAUCCGAAUUGGUUACAACGAGAGAAAGAAAUGAAGGCCCCCACUUCGGUCGCUAGCGAUGGGUCUACGGGGUCGACAUCACUAUCAUCCUCUUUGUCGAGUAGUACCAACAGCAGGCUUGCGUUACAACGGAAACUCCCCGUCCCCUUCCUCAACUGCUUGGAUUACUUCGAAAAGCGGAAUAUCAAGCUGGUUAUACGUUUGAAUACCGAACUAUACGAUCGUGCUACUUUCAUGGAGAGGGGAAUCGACCAUCUGGAGCUGUAUUUCGACGACGGUACCAAUCCUACCGACGAGAUAUGUCGUAAAUUCAUUGACACAGUGGACAAAGUCAUCGAAGAUGGGGGAGUCGUCGCUGUCCACUGCAAAGCUGGCCUAGGGAGGACUGGAACUCUCAUCGGCGCUUACCUUAUCUGGAAAUAUGGGUUCACCGCCAACGAGGCAAUCGCUUUCAUGCGAAUCGUACGCCCUGGCAGCGUCGUCGGGCCUCAACAACAGUAUAUGUAUCUGAAGCAACUAGAGUGGACGAAAUGGGCUGCAAUAGAUGAGAUAAGGCGCCAGCAAGUUGCUGCUGCUCUCGAAUCGGCUACACUUGUCACUCCAGCAACACCACCUGCGGAAACGGACGACGAAAUGUCUACCAUCAAGCUCGUGCCGCAUGUGUUACAACCAGUAACGCCCGGCCGCCAUGUUGCUGAAGCUACUGCUAAAGCCAGGGCCAUACUUCCCCCAGGACAACCUCGAAAGUCUCCCGUUGCCGCCAACAGACGAAUUUGCGAUUCAGAUGAAGAGAGAGGCGACGAAGAAGACGAUGAGAUGGACGAUGUGCUCCCAGCGCUAGAUGUCGUGCCCCCUCGACGUAAGUCUAAUCGGACAGGAGCAACCAGGGGCAACAGCUUUUCUGAGCAAAAGCCAACCCGUGUGACACGUUCCACCGCGGCCUCGGGAGCAGCAAGGAAACCCGCGAACGCCGCGCCGAUCGCUUCUCCGACGAAAGGUGGUCCUGGGCCAAAUAAAAUACCCCGACUUGCGACGACCCGUUCAACGGCUGCUGCGAAGGCUGCUGCUGCUGCGAAGGCUGCUGCUGCUGCUGCUGCGGUCCCUGCGAAUACCCGUGCAAGAAAGAAUCCCGCGCCCCCUGUACCUUCACGUCUGCCAACACUCGUUCCUUCUAAACGCCCUCACCAUGCUUCAACGCUGAGCGAUGUGGCAUCUGUGGCUUCAUCCCUGCGACGGACUGAUACCGUGAAUUCCGAUGCAUGGGUCACGAAUAAUACCUCUGCCGUCGUUGUACCUGGCACUAAAACGAAAGGACCCAAUCUCCGAAACGUUCGACGUCGGCGCAGCAGUUUUAGUGCUGCUGAUGUUAUCGCAUAA